CCUUUUCCUCGUCCUUCCACAUGGCCUUUUCUUCUUCGUAGUUUCAGUUUUUUACUUGUCAAGGUGCAGUUAUUACAGAUUUUAUAAGUAUUUUCAAGUGAAAAAAAGGGAGCAAGGAUGGAGGAUCAUGUUGAGGACAAGAAAAAGGCUCACCGGGAACGCCGUGCUGGGCGCAAAGCGGACAAGAAAAAAGUCAAGGAUCCGCACGUUCAAGAAAUGGAUGCUCGUCAGCGCAACCCCAAAGCUUUUGCUAUCCAGUCAGUAGCCAAGGCUCAGAAACGUUUUCACAGGGCCCAAGAUUUGGAAACGAAAAAGCAGCAUAUUCCAUUAGUAGACAGGACUCCAUUAGAACCCCCACCGAUCAUGGUAGCCAUUGUUGGCCCACCCAAAGUUGGAAAAACCACUCUACUCCAAGCUCUAAUAAAAAACUUUACACGACAGAAUAUCACAUCCAUACAGGGGCCCGUAACCAUCGUCACGGGUAAAAAACGAAGGGUGACUUUUAUGGAAUGCAAUAACGACAUCAACUCAAUGAUAGACAUCGCGAAAGUGGCUGACCUUGUUCUGCUUUUGACUGAUGCUUCGUUUGGCUUCGAAAUGGAAAUUUUUGAAUUUCUCAACAUCUGUCAGGUGCAUGGAUUCCCCCGAGUAAUGGGCGUUCUGACUCAUCUGGACAUGUUCAAGAAUAACAAACAACUGAAAAAAACUAAAAAAGUUUUGAAGCACAGAUUUUGGACAGAAGUUUACCAGGGAGCGAAAUUGUUUUACCUUUCUGGUCAACUCCACGGAACCUACCCUAAAAACGAGAUCAAGAACCUCGGCCGCUUUAUCUCGGUCAUGAAAUUCCGACCUCUGUUGUGGAGAUCGACUCAUCCUUACGUCUUGGUGGACCGAUUGGAAGACAUGACACCUCCCAGUCGAUUACACGAGAAUCCCAAAUGCAAUCGGGACAUCUGCCUUUACGGUUUCGUGCGUGGUGUCCACUUGAGAAAUCACUGCCCCAUCCACAUCCCAGGCUGUGGUGAUUUCCGCCUUAAAGAUGUUUCUUUUCUUCCCGAUCCUUGCCCUUUACCGGAUAAAUUGAAAAAACGUUCGCUUGUCGAAAAAGAGAAGCUGAUCUAUGCCCCCAUGUCUGGGGUGGGCGGUAUCAUCUACGACAAGGAUUCCAUCUACAUUGAGCUUGGCGGCAGUCACUCUCACUCCAAAAAGGAUGACCCUACAAAUCCUAAAUCAGAGAUGAUCUCGUCGCUGAUGAAGUUGCAAAGGACGCUGGAUGUACAGAUGUCUGAAUCAAGAGUAGAAGGACCUACUCUGACUCGGGCGGAUGACGAAGACGAGGAACUACUAGACGAUGAGCUACCGGACGAGGAUGAAGUGGCGGAUGGUAAACCUCGCGAGGAAAUCGUUCAUGAUGAAGUUUCUGGGAGGACGAGAAGAAGGGCUGUUUUUAAUGACAAUCUCGACGAUGAAAUUGGUGACGAUGAUGACGACGAGGAGGAUGAAGAGGAUCAACUGGACGAUGAAGAAGAUUUUGAGGAAAUUAAAUUACACCCCAUCAAUUCUAAGGACAAAGAAGAAAAAUUGGUCUACGAAGUCUCUGAAGAAGAAGAUGACGAACUGCCGUCCGUCAAUCCCAACGUGACUAGCAAUGAAAAAUUAAGCGCUACAGCCAAAUUACGCCGACAGCUUGCCGACUUUCUCGACGAGGACGAGAGCGAUGGAGAAAGUGACGAAGACGAUGAAAUGCAGACCAUUAUUGAAGAAAAGGUGGAAGGCGUUGAGGGACAAUUUCGACGAGGCUCCAUCUUGUACGAUCUCAACGACGCCACAGAUGAAGUCGAUGAAACUAAAGAACCUGCUCGAAAGAAAACCAAAACUGCCAAGAAGAAACCAAUCGACAAGGAUAUGGAGGUCCACCAAAAAAUCAAAUCCACUUUAAAGGCCUUGGAGAAGCCGAUUCCGAUUAGCAAGAAAUCACGCGAAGCACAAGAGUCGAUGGAAGUGGAUAUGGAAGAGGAGGAAGACGAAUCGGAAGACGACGACAUCGACUUGAAAUGGAAAGACAACCUGGCACAAAAGGCUUCCGAAGCUUUUUACCAACGACAGACAGGCAAGGGAAAUCUGCGCAAAUUAGUUUACGGUCCGGAUAUCACAGAAGAGAAGAGUAGCGAUGAAUCGGACGGUGACGACGAAGAGGAAGGUGGCCGGCUGGGCGGUUUGUUCAAGAUUGCGUCGGACAAACGGCGUUCGACUCAGAACAUUCUGAGCACCAAGGAUCACGUGGAUAGUUCCCAUUUCCACGUGGAUAAGAUGCAGGACUGGACCAAGGCGGACGUGCUCGACAGUAUCCGCGAUUGCUUCGUGACGGGCAAAUGGAAAGAGAACGAAGACGCCGAGGAACUGCUGGCCAUGGAUGAUCUCGACGAUAUGAACUCUGAAGGCGAUUUCGAAGACCUGGAAACUGGAGAGGUGUCCCAAGCGGACAAGAAAAGCGGUGCCGAGAAUAAAGAUGAGUCGCCAGAAGACGAACGCAAAAGGUUGAUUGAAAAGAAACGGAAACUCAAGGAACAAUUCAACUCCGAGUAUGACGAAGGCGGGUCCAAGAAAACCAAAACUUAUUACGACGAUCUCAAAGAAGAGAUGGAUCAACAGGCCCAGCUCAACAAAAGUGAGUUUGAUGGCAUGGAUGACGAAACCCGGAUCCAGUACGAAGGCUACAGACCAGGAAUGUACGUCCGGAUGGAAGUUGCAGAUGUUCCCUGCGAGUUGUUGACGAAUUUCAACCCUAUCUAUCCCUUGAUCGUUGGAGCUUUGCUGCCCGGCGAGGAGAACAUUGGAUUUGUUCAGGCUCGUCUGAAGAAACAUAGGUGGCAGCGACGUAUCCUAAAAACGAGGGAUCCGCUGAUCCUCUCGUUGGGCUGGCGCCGAUUUCAAACCAUUCCGCUUUACUCGAUCCACGAUCACAAUGGACGUCACAGACAGCUCAAAUACACACCAGAGCAUAUGCACUGUACAGCUUCGUUUUGGGGUCCAUUGACACCUCAAGGCACAGGUUUGCUGGCAGUUCAGUCCGUCUCUCAAGUUCAGUCUGGAUUUAGGAUAUCAGCGACGGGCACGAUUCUCGAUUUGGACAAGUCGACUCAGAUUGUCAAGAAACUCAAAUUAGUCGGUACGCCGUUCCAGAUUUACCGCAAAACGGCCUUUAUCGAGGGCAUGUUCUCGUCGACCCUGGAAGUGGCCAAAUUCGAAGGAGCAUCGAUCCGAACCGUUUCCGGCAUCCGUGGUCAGAUUAAAAAAGCCAUCCGCAGUCCGGAAGGAUCGUUCCGUGCCACUUUUGAAGACAAAAUCAAACUUAGCGACAUCGUUUUUGUGAGGACUUGGUUCCGCGUGGAUGUUCCGGAAUUUUACACACCCGUAACCUCUCUGCUCUUACCUCUCGACGCCAAGAAUACCUGGUUAGGAAUGAAGACAUUGGGCCAAAUCAAACGUGAACGAAACAUCAAGAACGAGGCGAACACGGACAGCAUGUACACGCCGAUUGAACGGAAACCUCACGUCAAACAACCGCUGGUGAUUCCACGGGCCCUUCAAAGUGCACUGCCUUACAUUAAUCGGCCCAAAGUCAAGAAGGCCGACCAUGCACCAGGUACCAUCGAAGCCGUUAGAGCUCAGCGUCCCGCUGUGGUGCUGGAGCCUCGAGAACAGAAGGUGGCCAAACUGAUGGCCAUGCUCAAGACCCGCUACGACGACAGGAAAGAUCGACUCCACGUCGAGGCUGUGGAACGACUGGCUGCUCAUCGUACUGUAGUCCAAGCCGAAGCAGAAAGAAAAAUGUCGAAGCAGAAGGAAGCCCGGCAGUCCGUGUCACGACUGUUGAGUCGAGCUGAAGCUAUCAAAGAAGCGAAAGCACGAAGAAGAGGAGGUGCAGGAGGUGGAGAUGAAGGCGGAAGGGGAGGAAGAGGUAGGGGGCGUGGAAGGGGUCGAGGAGGUAGGAGGUAGUGAUGACGUCCUGAUAUUUGCUAUGUCAGUAUGCCCCCCCCCCGUCAAUUGUGUGUGACUCUUGUCUACAUGGAGAAGUGACAAACGGAAUACACUUUCAACUUCCGACUA